UGUAUUUCUUCUUCCUUGUUUUUCAAAAAAAAUUAAUUAUUUGCACAAAUGGGUAAUUCUCAAUCCAUGGACAAGGUCCAACAUGUUGUGAAAGAAGGAAUUAAAAUUUACAAGACUGUGAAAAGUGAACAAGAACAGCAGAAUAACCAUUACCAGCAACAACAGCAAUAUAGCCAUUCCUCUUCCAGUAGCACUCAUUCCUCGAAUUACCAUCCUUCUGCUGACAUCGAUGAUGACGAUGAGUAUGCCUCUUUACGAGCACAAGCUCAUGAAGAAGCUGAAAAGAGAAACGCUUGUUAUGCUCAAAGCCAAGAAGCUUAUAGCAGCGGUGACGGCGCUCGAGCCAAGGAGUUGUCAAAUCAGGGCCACAAGCAUGACAACUUGAUGAAACAAUUUAAUCAAAGGGCGGCUGAACAUAUUUAUUCACAAAAAAACCAAGGUCGAGCAUCCAAUGAGAUUGAUUUACACGGAUUGUUUGUCAAGGAAGCCUCUCAAAAGGUUGAAGAAGCUAUUCAGAGAUGUCAGAGAAAUGGUGAUGAUCAUCUUGUGAUUAUUGUCGGUAAAGGCCUUCACAGUCCUGGCCAAAUCGCUAAAUUAAAGCCGGCCAUCAUUGAACUCGUAAAGAAGUACAACGUUAGUUGUCAACCCAACAUCCCUAAUCCCGGGUGUCUCUACAUUGAAUUCGGUAAAGGUACUGGUGAUCUUUCUUGGCUCGAUCGUCUUACGGAUAGAAUGUCCAACGAUCAAUGUACCAUCAUGUAAUAAAAAAAUUAUGCGGC